UUAGUCAUAUGUUUACGUUACGUUACGUUAUAUCUACACGUGCUUGUGAAGGAGAAGGUUGUUCACCUCUAGUUUCCUUUAUUGGUAAAUGUAUUCAAGCUUAAAACGAAAAAUUUGAUAAAAACUAAAAGUAUCAAGUAAUUCAUGAAGCUUUGAAAAUGUCAAGGUGCAUAAUUGAUAAUCUAAAACGACAAGAAGACGAAGUCUUAGCAAUUUCAAGUAUUUAUAGCAAGAAUGAAUUUUCUUAUUGCAAAAAUAAUAUAAUAUACUGCUACUAUAACGUAUUUGUUAAUAUCAGUGACGGUUUAUUAAAACUCGAAAAUGUUGAUGAACAAAAUUCUCACUCAUUCCAUCCUUAUUUUAUCAAAUAUUUGCCACCUAUUAAAGUACGCUUGGAACUGAGUGUUGAUUAUCCUACUAAAAGGUCGCCAAAUUUUUGUAUUAUUUCUUCCUGGCUUUCACCUUGGCAAAUAUCUUUUAUUUGUCAGAAAUUAGAUGAGAUAUGGCUGGAAAACAGUGGUCAAGAAAUAUUGUUUUUAUGGUUCGAAUUUCUAAGGAAUGAUACCCUUCAAUUUCUGAACAUUAAAGACACAUUAGAUAUUUCAUUUAUGUAUACGACACAUUGUAAUUCAAAUUCAAUAUUUCAAAAUGAUGUUAGAGCUGUAUACAAUAAUUUAUCUGGUGAUCCAUUACAAUUUUUACUAAGUCAUAAUGAAUAUGUAGAAGAGAUAGAAUUUCAAAAUAAUUACUUUGAGUGUAUUAUAUGUUUUGAUAAACUUUGUGGACAAAAGUGUAUAAAACUUAAAAAUUGUGGACACAUAUAUUGCAAAAAUUGUAUAUCUGAAUAUAUUACUAUAAAAAUUAAGGAAGAUAAUGUAACUGGCAUUACUUGCCCUGAUUUAAGCUGCAAUCUUGAUAUUACAAUUAAUGAAGUUAAAAGACUUUGUCCAGAAUCAUUUUCACAAUAUGAAAAAGCUUUACUACGUGUGUCAUUGAAAUCUAUGAAAGACAUAAUCUUUUGUCCGAGAAUGUCAUGUCAAUGUCCAUCUGUGAAAACUUAUGAUGACACACUAGGAAUUUGUAGCAAAUGUGACUAUACAUUUUGUACUUACUGUUAUAAGGUAUAUCAUGGGGUUGAACCGUGUGCUAUGUCUUCAGAUAGCAGAUUAAAACUUAUUGAAGAAUAUAAAAAUGGUAGUAAACAUGAAAGAAAACAAUUAGAAGCAAAAUAUGGUAGAAAACAGAUACAAAGAGUUGCAGAAGAAUAUUUAACACAAGAAUAUAUAAAAACAAAUACCAAGUCAUGCCCAAAUUGUGGAACCAUAGCUGAAAAAAAUGGAGGAUGCAACAAAAUGACCUGCAAUUAUUGUCAAGCUUCUUUUUGCUGGAUUUGUGGAGAGCAUAUUAAUACAGAAAAUCCAUAUGACCAUUUCUUGUCUGGCAAUACUAAUUGUUAUCGACAAUUAUUUGAGCAAGAAGAAAAUAUUUAACUAUAACAUAAAGAAGGAAUAUAUUUUUAUUAAAUGAGAAUUAGCAUGUAAGUUCAGUUUAAAUGUUAUUGUAUGAUUAAUUAAAAUAUAUACAAUAUGUAUAAAAUAGAA